AUGGCUUCCAACGACAUCAACGGUGGUCCGCCAGUGACUUCCGCAAAGAUCAAUGGCGUUGUGCCGGUAGCUUCAGACGCCCCAGCCUCCCGCCGUGGUAAGCCUCUCCCGAGCUCGUGGGUUCCUCUGUACGCAGAGCCACUCCGGACAGCUACGCGGAAAGUGAGAAUGGUGGUGGUGGGAGCCGGCUUUGCAGGUCUAUCUCUCGCACACAAGAUCUACCAUGAAUACAAGCUCGAUUCGAUCAUCGAGCUCGUAAUCUACGAAGCAAAUCAUGAUCUUGGUGGCACCUGGUUGGUGAAUCGGUAUCCCGGAGUGGCCAGUGACAUUCCUGCCCACAUCUAUACGUUCCCCUUUGAGCCGAAUCCCGAGUGGAGUGCAUAUUAUGCGACUGGGCCAGAAAUCUGGGAUUAUAUGAAGAGGACGGCCAAGAAAUAUGACCUGGAGAAGGACGUCCAUUACAACCACAGACUGACUGACGCACAUUUCGAUGAGCAGCUAGGUCAGUGGAACAUAAAAGUCCAGAAUGGGGACACGGUGAUUGAAGACAAGUGUGACAUCCUGGUGUCCGCCAGUGGCCACCUGAGUCGCUGGCGUUGGCCUUCCAUCCCGGGGCUGUCUUCGUUCAAGGGGUUUCUCGUCCACUCUGCCCAAUGGGACCACGACUUCAACUAUGCUGGAAAGCGCGUGGCCGUCAUCGGGAACGGCAGUUCUGCAAUCCAAAUCCUCCCUCAGGUUGCCAAAGUGGCCAGCCACGUCACCAACUUCAUCCGGGGCCCGACCUGGAUCAUCCCGGGUCUGGGAAACAAGAUGAUCGGGGGAAAGGAAAACCACGUCUACACCGAAGAAGAGAAGGAAAACUUCCGCAACAACCCCGAGGCUUUGAAGGCCUAUCGAAAACAGAUUCAGCACGGCUCUAACCAACUCUUCUCUGUGUUUAUCAAAAAUUCGGCAGCCCAGGAGAGACUAUUUGAUGCCGCGAAGAAGCUGAUGACGGAACGCCUCGGUGGCAAUGAGGAGCUCGCGGAAAAGUUGAUCCCGAAAUGGGAGGUCGGAUGUCGACGGCCGACUCCAGGGCCCGGCUACUUGGAGUCCUUCACCAAGGAUCACGUAUCGCUGGUGAUUUCAGACAUUAGCGAGAUCACCGAGACAGGCAUCAAAACAGCGGAUGGAAAUCUUCACGAGUUCGACGUCAUCGUCUGCGCCACGGGAUUCGAUGUCAGUCACCGGCCGCCCUACCCGCUGGUCGGGCUUCACGGCACCAAUCUUGCCGACAAGUGGAAGGACGAGCCCGAAGCGUACCUGAGCGUGUGCGUCGAGGGCUUCCCGAACUUCUUCAUGUUCAGUGGUCCCAACGCCCCCGUCGGACACGGGUCCCUCAUCAGCGCCCUGGGCUGGACCGCCGACUACAUCCUGAAAUGGGCGCAGAAAAUCGCCGAAGAGGACAUCAAGUACGUCGACGUCCGAGAGGACGUCUCCGAGGAGUUCAACACGUACGCCGACGAGAUCCUGCAGACCACGGUCUGGACGGGCGGGUGCAGGAGCUGGUUCAAGAACCACACCGUCGACGGCAAGGUCGUCGCCGUGUGGGCGGGCAGCGGUCUCGCCUACUACGAAAUGCUCGAGAGCCUGCGGCCGGAAGACUUCAACAUCCACUACAGAAGUCGCAAUCGGUUCCGCUUCAUGGGCAACGGGACGACCAAGAGAGAGGGCAGGCCGGAUGAAGAUCUCGCCUGGUACUUGAAGAAGUGA